AUGACAGCAUCAUUGCCCACCAACGAAGGUGCUUCUCGCUGUCACCGACUUCUCGCGCCGUUGGCCUCCGUGGACGUGACUCCCAUCUGCCUGGGCGGCGCGGAUUGUGGGGAGGCAUGGAAGGACAGGCUUGGGACUUGCAGUAACGAAGUCGCGUUCGACGCCAUGGACUACUUUCACGAACAGGAUGGCAAUCUCAUUGCCACGUACCCUUCCUACUGGCGGUGUUCUUAG